AUGUCAGUCAUAGACUCCGUUCUAGCGGAACAUGCAUACCAAGACCCAGACACCGUGUCCGCCGCACAUGUAAUGGCAUCAACUUCCGGUGCGAACCUCUUCUCACGCCUACAUGGGAGGGCAGAAGGAGCGGAAUCAGCUGGCAGGGGAGGAUUCAUCCAUAUAGUUGAUUCGAGAGAGCCGCCGGAGUAUGGCAGGAUACCUUCGCCCGAGGAUAUAUUUGGUUCUAUCGAGGUUGAUGGACAAGGUAACAUUGAAGGGAAAGGAAACUAUCAAAGCAGUGGAACAUAUCGUAUCGUUACGAGGAGUGGGAUCCUGGGACUAAGCCCGUUCCUUAGAGAAAAGCUGGUCGAGCGACUGAAAGCUGAAGAAAAGAAACUGCAGCAGUAA